AUGGAUCACGAGAAGAUUUUCCGAGAAGGACUUUUCAAGAUUUAUGAGACGAACAAACGUGUUUUGAUACCAAAGGAAGAAUACUAUAAGAUCAUCAGCGACCUCCUAGAAGUAUCCAAGACCUCCAAGAAGACUCCCCAUCAGUACUAUAUUCUUAAGAAGUAUGAAGUUCUUCAGUGUGGUGACAUUAACAGACUGAUAAGAAGAAGUCAGCAUGAAGAAGAAACACCCCUGUACUUCAUUUCCAUAGAAGAGACCUAUGAAGUUGUCAAACGGGGUCACAUUGCAACGGGCCAUGGGGGACAGGACAAAAUGGUUCAUGAACUGUCCAAGAAGUACGCAAACAUAACCAUUGAAGCAUUGACCGUCUUCAAGAACUUGUGUGUUGAAUGCCAGCGGAAGCGUAAGAGAGCUGCAACAAAAGGGAUUGUAGUAAAGCCAAUCAUCUCCAAAGACUUCAACUCCAGAGCACAAGUCGAUCUUAUCGACAAUCCAUGA